AACUCUAUCAGAACUAAGGACCAAAAGAGGAGACUGCAAGCAUGGAAGAUGAUGGAAUACUUCUUAUGGAAAGUCCUCAGAGAAUUUUUGAAAAAUACCAUAUAGAUGAAGAGAUGGGCUUCGCUUUGCCAAAUCCACUGGAGAAGCUACCUCCGCCUUAUGAUGAAUGGAUUUCCAUUGCUAAAAAUCUGCCUGAACUGAUUAAGAAAAAUGAACUACGUAAAAAAGUUGAUGAGUUAAAAAUUCUCAGUAUUGAUGGCCUCAGUGGACACAAGUUGCAGCGCCUUGCACGUCUGGCUCUGGGGUAUAUCACCAUGGCAUAUGUGUGGAAUCAAGGUGAUGGAGAUGUUCGAAAGGUCUUGCCACAGAAUAUUGCUAUUCCUUACUGUGAACUCUCUGAGAAGCUGGGUCUGCCUCCUAUUCUGGUUUAUGCAGACUGUGUCUUAGCAAACUGGAAGAAAAAGGAUCCCAAUGGGCCUAUGACUUAUGAGAACAUGGACAUUCUCUUCUGGUUUCCUGGUGGAGACUGCAGUAAAGGAUUUUUCCUGGUUUCACUAUUGGUGGAAUUAGCAGCUGCUUCUGCAAUCAAAGUAAUUCCCAAUUUAUUAAAGGCAGUUAAAAAUCAGGACGAGGUCACUUUGAAGAAGGCACUGCAUUAUAUAGCUUCUUGUCUGCACCGAGCCCAUGAAGAGUUUGAAGAAGUUCAUAAACAUGUGGACCCAAGCACAUUUUUCAAUGUUCUUCGCAUAUACUUGUCUGGUUGGAAAGGCAACUCCCAACUGCCAGAGGGUUUGAAGUAUGAAGGUUUCUGGGAAAACCCAAAAAAGUUUGCAGGAGGCAGUGCAGCCCAAAGCAGCAUCUUUCAAUGCUUUGACAUUCUGCUGGGCAUCCAGCAGUGUUCUGGUGAAGAAUUUGCUGCUGAAUUCCUCCAGGAAAUGAGAAACUAUAUGCCACCAGCUCACCGGGACUUUCUUCUCUUGUUAAAGUCAGGCCCCUCAGUCCGUGAGUUUGUUCGUUCAAGAGAUGAUAUUGAACUGAAGGCAGAUUAUAAUGAGUGUGUGAAAGCUAUGGUCUCCCUGAGAAAAUAUCACUUAAAGAUAGUAGCUAAGUACAUUGUGAUUCCUGCAAGCCAGCAGCCCAAGAAGAAUCAAGCAUCUGAAGAAUCAUCGGAACAAAAAAAUAAAGGAACUGGAGGCACUAAUGCCAUGGAUUUCCUGAAGAGUGUAAGAACUACAACUGAGAAAUUCCUGCUGAUAGAUCAUUAAUGUAACUCAAACAAGGGCACAUUUUGUCAAGAUGAAGAGGUCUGUAUAUAUUAGUGUCACUGCUCAUGAUAUCAGACCCAUGAAUUAAUAGUACACAACAAUGUUUUAAUAGUACCUAUAAAAGAUUUCAAAAUGUUUUUCCAAUA